GGCGCCAAUUACUCCUUUCACAUAAUUGUCACGAACGCUGAAGUUAUUUGUUGUGAGGCAGUCACGCAUUAUCGUUUACCGCUUUUCUGAAACAAAUACUCGUACUUUUCAUUACAACUGUACUAAAAUGGCGACUAUCCGAAAAAAACGCGAAGCUGCUGUGGUUGUAAAGGAAAUGACUCCGGAGAAUCUCGAGGCGACAGUGCGACGAUCAUCUCGAAACGCUCUUGCACCUAAACGCCUCCGGUACUCUCCUGAAGUUGAAACGCCUAAGAAGAAAAGGAAAGCAAAAACCGUCACUGAAAACGGCAGUCAGAAUAAGAAACCGAUGGAUGAGAAGGAUGAUGAUGAUGAUGAUGAAAACAGUGAUGUGGAGCAAGCAUCUCAGAAUGGAUAUGGGGUUCUUUCUGCCUAUGAACUUGAGCGCCUGGAGAACAUCAGACAGAACCAAGCUUUUCUGUCUUCUAUCAACUUACUCCAGGCAACUGAGGAGUUCAAGCAACUGACACGACCAAAGCCAUCGCAGAGGGGUCUCACAAGAGCACAUGCUGCUGUAAAAGAAGUGCUGCCAUCCCGCAAAUCCCUGCGGCUCCAAAAAAAGGAGGCAACGAUCCUGGAACUUCCUCCUGAACCCACAGGGACACUUAUUUAUGAACAGUCAGUAAAGAAGUCCCCUGGCCCCCUGCCCAUGGAUCUAAUAAACAUGGAAGAGGGAAACAAGCUGCCGCCUCAACUUCUUGAGCUCUGCUCUGAGGAUUCAAAAGAAGAGAAAAAGAUGCAACUUAACCUGAAAGAGUACACCUCUACACUGAAGAACAUGAAGCUAAAUGAGGACAAAGUUGCCAAAGUGGUGAAGGAUCGCAUCUUCUCUGCAGCCUUCCACCCCUGCACCAGCAGCUUGUUGAUGGCCGCAGGAGACAAAUGGGGAAAAGUGGGACUCUGGAAGUUGGGUGGUGACUGGGGUGAUGAUGGUGUCCUUCUCUUUGAGCCCCACACCCGUCCAGUGAGCUGCAUGGCAUUCUCCACGUCUCAUCCUACACAACUGCUGAGCCUCAGCUAUGAUGGAUCCCUCCGCUGCAUGGAUGUAGAAAAGGCUGUUUUUGAUGAUGUGUAUGAUAUUGAAGAUGGCCUGAAAACAUUUGACUUCAUGUCACAUGAUUGUUCGACGCUAGUGGUCGGGAACUUUUAUGGAGACGUUGCCAUCGUUGAUAGGCGCACCCCAGGAAACUCCCAUGAAUCCCUCCACACACUGGACCCCAAAACAGUGCGUUGUGUUAGCGUCCACCCUUUACAGAAGCAAUACUUUGUGGUGGCUGAAAGCAAGGUAGUUAGCAUUUAUGACAGCCGAAGACUGAAGAAGACCAAAAGCCAAGCAGUGUCUCAGCUGCAUGGCCACUCUUUAAGCAUAACCGGUGCUUAUUUCUCUCCUUGUACUGGAAACAGAGUUCUUACCUCUUGUAUGGAUAACAACAUAAGGAUAUAUGACACAUCUGCAAUGACCACUAAAUGUCCCUUGCUUACGACCAUCAGACACUACAUGCAAACAGGCCGCUGGCUGACCAAACUAUCAGCAGUGUGGGACCCUAAACAGGAAGACUGCUUUGUGGUGGGGAGCAUGAUGAAGCCUAGGAGGGUGCAGGUGUUCCAUGAAAGCGGCCGACCCCAGCACUCCUUCAUGGACAGUGAGAACCUCAGCACAGUCCUCUCCGUCACUGCUUUCCACCCUACAAGGAAUGCCUUGCUGGGUGGCAGUGCAUCAGGGCGGAUUCACGUCUUUUCUGACUGAAAGACCAAAAAGUGUGCGACCAAUGGUCCUGGCUGGGUUCAGGGGAGUAUGAGGAACAAGGAGUUUGGUGACAAUCAGAAUGUUCAACUUAUAAACUUCCAGGGGAUUUUUGUGUUUUUGUUUGUUUUUUUUUGUUUUUUUUUUUCUUCUUCCCCUUUUCUGUACACAAGUAUUUCAGUAUAGCCACUAAAAUCUCCUCACUCUGUAUUUCCAUAGAGCUUUAAUACAUUAUUCUUACACUAAAGCAGAGUAACAAACCUGUAGCGAUCUGAAUUGUAUCAAAUUGAACCAUAUUCUUACACAUGUUGCAGUAUAUAUGGUGUAUGCUGUGAAGUAAUGCAGGAUCAGUAGCAAAAUGCCAGAAUUUUAUUCCUUGCCACUCAAAUACAUUUAUAGCUACAUUAGGUGGUGUGAUUGUACAAAAAAGGCUUAUCCUUUGUACUACAUGUUUUCUCACUUUACAACUUGUGUCAUAAUAUAAAUUUUUUUUCUCUAUUUGAAACUUUCAUGCCAAACUGAAAAGAUUUUACAGUCUCUGCUGUUCAGCGUUGGUGAGCUCGUGCUAACUGUAGCCUGAGUUUGUACCUGACAGGAGUGGAACUAGAUGUGUGGCCUUCUGCUGUAGUAUGUUCACUUCAUGACUCAGCAUGAGUUCUGUGUUGCACUGCUCUAACAUUAUUUAAGUUGCUGCUGCCAGUUUAAAUCAGUUUGGCUGUUCUCAGGUUUACAGUUAACGCCAGGAUAGGAAAGGAAAUUAUGCUGUGCAUUAAAUGUCUGCUACGAUUGGCUAAUUAGAUCUUUGCAUUAAUGUUAUUCAGUAAAGUUUUAGCACAAAUAUAAGAUACAACUGUGUUCCCCUUUUUUCAAACUUAAACCUGCUGUAUGUGGCUGCACAUUUACCAACCUUCCACACAAGGACAAUGCACUCUUCUCUACUCUCUGCAUUGUUGAAUUAGUUCUGUCUAGUUUCAUGAGGGCUGAAUGAGUUCUCUGCUACAACUGUGAGUAAGUGAGGCCUCCGCUCCAGAAUUGCCUGUUUUGAAGCUGCUCGUGUAAAUUUUGAUUCGCAUUUGCUGCCUUGCUGGAAAUCAUUUUCCUCAGUUAUGCCGCCCUCUUGUUGCACUUAUUCUACCCUGUGUCUCUUAAAACGGUCAGACUUGCAAAGAUGCACGCGCACAGCAUGAUGCUGCCACCACCAGCCUUCAUGGUGUGUUGCUCCUCCAUUGGCAGUGUUCAUAAAGUAGCCAUACGAGCUCAGUUUUAAUACAGAUUUGGCAGCUGUACAUCUGUGCUCUUAGUAGCUCCUUACUGUUCUCUAGGGGGGUGGUUAGUGCCUUCAAAUAGACCUCCGCUUCCCCCAAUGAAUUUAUUUAUUUAUUCACCAGGAUACCAACUAACCAACUGUUGGACCUUUUGGAGACACAGGUGUGCUUACAACAUGAUCACAGCCAAUUCAUGUUCAUAUUCAUGUUAUAUAUUACCACAAUUGAAGUCAGUGCACAGAUGUUUUCAGUUUGAUAUUUUAGAUUUUAUUUCUAUUAAAGAAAAUCCAAAUUACAUCAAGUG